AUGCACUCAGACAACGACGCAGGGUUCACAGUCCACUGCGACAGCUUGAAAUGGCUUCCUCUUGCCCCGGGUGUAUUUAUCAAGAUCGUCAAGCUAGUCCCAGAGACCGGAGAAUACACAAUCAUGGUCCGCGCCGAACCCGGCGGUCUCCUUCCUCGCCAUCGGCAUGUUGAAAGUGCGGAGAUUUACGUUCUCAAAGGAAGCGGUGCCCACCCCCAGACUGGCGCAUUUGUUCAGGGGGACUACGUUUCGGAAAGCAAGGGAGCCGUGCAUGAUCCUCUUCCGUUUGAGCAUGAAACGGAGCUUUUGAUGGUUAGCAGAGGACCUUCGGUGUUUUUGGCUGAUGAUGGGUCGGGUUUGUAUACGAUGGAUGUGGCGAUGUUGCAGGGUAUGGUUGACAGAGCGAAAUAG